AUGAGAGAGCCCAACAUUCAGAGAAAGAAACUUACACCAAAUAAACCGACACCUAAGGUAUCAGAUAUUCUAUCGCCGGAAGAACUUAUAAAUGAAAUUACCCAGGAUGGAAACCUUAGCAAUAUCAGCAAAUGUUAUCAUACUUUCAAAGAUUCUAAUAAGGGAACAAUUGAGGAAAGUAUCAUUCUACAUCUUGAUAUUUACAAGAAAUUUUUAACUGAGGUCGUUGACGAUUUGCCUAAUGAUCUUUAUCUGAGACUUGAGGAGAAGAAGGAAGAGAAGAAUAGACAGAAAAUAGAAAAAUCUUUCACUAAAUUAUAUCAGAAAAGUGAUAAGGGUAAGAACAAAGUUGGUGGUAUUCUUGACUUGACUAUCAAGGAUAACCUACCCCCACCAGUUGAAGACACACCACCGGUAGUGGCAGAGAAACAAGUUGAGGAAAAAGAAAAGGAUCAGGUUAAAGAACAAGUUGAGGCACAAGUUGAACAUGAGGAAGAGAAAACCAAGGAAGUGAACACUGAGAAUAUUGAUUCGGAGUCAAACAUUUUGUUUACCAUGAAUGUGGACACUCAUGAUAUCAAUGUAAUUAUAAAUAAAUAUUCUGAGAAUGUUGAAGAAAAGAAAACUGAAGCUACAACCAUUGAGAUCUCUGAGUCAUCGAUCAACACUGUUGACUCUCAGCAAAACAUUGAGAAACUGAUAGAAGCACAAGUAGAAGCAAAAGUAGAAGUAGAAGCACAAACUGAAACAGGUAAGGGACAAGAACAAAGUAUAGCUGAACCGAUAGUCAACAAGGAUGUUGGUAAGGAUGAAAACAAGAUUGAAAAACAGAGUGAUCAUAAGGAAUUAAUAGUAAAUAAAGAAGAGGUAAAUGAUGAAGUGGUUAAUGUGCAGACAUCCAAAGAUGAUAAGAAACUUACUGCAGAACAUCUCACUCUGCCUAGCACUUCCACCAUGGAUUACAAACCUACCAAUGUAAUUGGUGUACUUUUGGAUUCCAUUAAGAAGAUCACUGAAUGCAACGCCUUAACAUUUAAGGCUAUUGAUGACACCUUACCUAUUUUACAACAGAUAGCACCGACAUGUAAGAUUAAUGAGGAGAAAAUUAGAGAAAGGGUAAAUAAGGAGAAGGCAGAUUUCUUUAAUAAAUCUAUUGAGGACUGUACAAGAAAGUUAGAUUCCUUAAUAUCGACACUAAAUUCAACAAUUUUGGAGUUUAAGGAACUGUAUAGAGAUGUUUACAAGCCACACCAUUUGACUGAUGAUAUUGAUGAUCAGAUUAAACAAACACAGAAGGAAAUUGAUGAUAUAGCAGACAACUCGAUUGGUUCUUCUGAACUCACUUCAGUUUUAGAUCAAGAAAUGGCAGUAUAUGAGGAGAAAAUAGAAAAUAUUGAAAAAGAGAAAACUCGAUUAAGGUUAAAAGCCCAAGAGUUAAAGAACAAACUUGGUCCUAGAUUGGACAAUCUGUUGACACGCCGGAAUGGACUAUCUAAGACUACUAUUCUAGGAGGAAGAUCACUAGAGGAACAAAUGCAUCAUCUAACCAGCAUGAUCUGA